AUGAUAACAGAUAAUUUGAAAAUACCUAUUGUCCGAAUGUUUUUUCUCUUAUUUUAUAUAACAUUUAUGUUAACGCACUUCUAUACAUAUUGCUACUCAGCUGAAAAACUUAUGGCAGAGAGUACCAAUAUGGCGUAUGGAGUGUAUGAAUGCAAGUGGUAUGGCAUACCAUCAAAAAAUGCAAAAGACUUAAUGUUAAUUGUAUAUCGAUCUAGAAUUCCUCUUAAAUUGACAGCUGGAAAAUUCGGAAUCGUUUCAUUAGAGUUGUUUGGAAUAGCUAUUAAAACGGCAAUGGGAUACUUAUCUGCACUGAUAACAUUGCAAAAUUAG